AUGAGUCACCAGCAGCUUUACUGGAGUCAUCCGAGAAAAUUUGCCCAGGGUUGUCAUUCUUGCCACGUCUACUUAAAUUGGCAUGGUCGGAUCCAAAAAUACAGCUUCAGUAUGUGCUGCCAGUGUUUCUGUCAGUACAUGAAGGAUAUAGGCCUCAUUAAGUUGGACUAA